AUGACGAUAGUCAAGGUAAGAUAUCUCAUAGUAGACGCCUUAUCACCAUACAACAUCAUCAUGGGGCGACCCACCCUCAACCUGUUAGGGCGCCCUAUCAACCCUGAAUUUAAGCAUAAAAUAUAUACUACCUACUGGGAGGGUCCGAAUAGUCCAAAUGGAUUAGAAGAUUGCCCAAGAAUGUUAUCAGAGAAGCCUCAAAAUGAGAAGAGUGAGGUGGUUGCAUUUGUCAUUCCACAACCAUACAUGCAAGGAAUGAAUGUUGCAAACCUGAAUCCUUGGAUAAAGCACGAGAAGGAAAGAAUAACGCCCAUAAAAGAUUUGAUGGAGGUCCCGAUUGGGCCACAAGUCUUCCAAGUCACAAAUCUUGUCACCUCAUUAUUUGAAGCAUGA